CAAACUACUCCCUUUUAUAUGCUUUCUUAUCUAAUUCUAUAUCCCAACAGAAAGACCCAUUCUUUUUCUUAAUCUGGGUGUGGAAAUUUUUUGUUGCUUUUUUGGGUUGUUGGAGGUGAAUGAAACUGUUGGUUCUUUGUAUGCUGUUGAACUCUUUUAUUUUUGCUGGAUUUCGUUGUAAAGGAGGGUUUUUUCUUUGAACUGAAACAUCUGGGUCCUUCUGAUAUUUGACCAACUUUGCUGGGCAUCGCUUUGAAAUUAUGGUGGUUUUGGGGCUUGGAUUUGACGAGUUGAUCUUUUGGAUAGCUUGAGAGUUGGAAGGUAAUUUGGAAAAAAAGAAGGGUUUUUUUUUCCAUUUUAUUUUAUAGUUUGUUUUUGGAUUUGUUUGAACCUAGAUUUCAAUUCAUGCUUGGUCCAAGACAAUGGAGAUGUUUAUGGCCAGAUUUUUACUUCUUUAGCAUUGGAUGCUAUGUCUUGGUGAAAUAAUAUGAAGAAUCUUCUCAAGAAACUGCAUAUGAUGUCUAAUCAAUCGGAUGAUGUAGAAGGGUCAACUGCAUCAAAAGGCAACAAGUCCAGUGAUGUAUCGUCAUCUUCAACUGAUAAGGCCCUGCAGUCAAAGCCUCAUCAUAGUCCUGAUAACAAUAAACCAUUGUCUGUACUUUCCAAUUGGUUAAAUUCAGUUGCUAAUAGAAAAGGUCCUAGGUCGCCAUCUUCUUCAAACGUGAAAAGGGAGGAAAGUAUGGAACCGACUGAUUUAGUUAGUACUAGUGGCUUAGAGGCUGCCUUGGACGCAGUAAGGCGCGAUUCAGGAUCUAGUAACUCAAGGAAUCCUGAUAUAGAAGAGGAGUAUCAGAUACAAUUGGCCCUGGAGUUGAGUGCCAGGGAGGAUCCCGAGGCGGUUCAAAUUGAGGCUGUUAAGCAAAUUAGUUUAGGCUCUUGUGAUCCGGAGAAUACUCCAGCUGAAGUUGUUGCUUUUAGAUAUUGGAAUUAUAAUUCUCUUGAUUAUGAUGACAAGAUCCUGGAUGGCUUUUAUGACCUGUAUGGAGUUCUAACUGAACCCACUUCAGAAAGAAUGCCUUCACUUCUUGAUCUGCAAGGGGCAUCGGUGUCAGACAAUGUCUCUUGGGAAGCAGUUUUGGUCAAUAGGGCUUUUGAUGCAAAUUUGAUGAAACUUGAACUAAAAACACUAGAUAUGACAGUGAAGUUAAGAUCAGAAUCUUUGGCUUCUGUAAGCAGCAACCUGAUGCAAAAACUUGCGGUUCUAGUUUCUGACUAUAUGGGUGGACCAGUUGCUGAUCCUGAAAACAUGUCCCGAGCCUGGCGAAGUCUUAGUUACAGUUUAAAAGCUACCCUUGGCAGCAUGGUUUUGCCACUUGGAUCUUUAACGAUUGGGUUGGCUCGUCAUCGUGCAUUGCUAUUCAAGGUUUUGGCUGAUACUGCUGGUAUUCCUUGCCGAUUGGUUAAGGGGCAGCAAUACACAGGUUCUGACGAUGUAGCAAUAAAUUUUGUAAAGAUUGGUGAUGGAAGCGAAUACAUUGUUGACCUAAUGGCCGAUCCUGGAACACUUAUUCCUUCUGAUGUAGCUGGAUCGCAUGUGGAAUAUGCUGAUUCUUUCUUUUCCACCAGUCCUUUGUCCAGAGACAUUGAUUCAUCUCAUAUGGCCUCUUCUAGUAGUGGGAUUGGGAGUUCAUUUGAAGACAAUUCAGAGUUUGGGACAGCUGAGAGGAGAUCCAGGUUAAAAAAAUUUGCUACUGGAGGAAACCAAUCUGAUGAAAGAGGUGAUUUUAAUGCUUUUGCAGAUUUAUCUGGGGCAACUAGCAGUCUGGAGCAAACUAAGGAACCCAUAGAAGACCUUAAAACCCCUUACAUGGAGAAGCAACCUGUGCGAGAACUUCCUAACAGACCUACUCAUGCACAUGCAAGAUCUCCUUCCUGGACAGAAGGUAUUAGCUCUCCUGCUGUGCGUAGGAUGAAGGUGAAAGAUGUCUCGCAGUACAUGCUUGAUGCUGCCAAGGAGAAUCCACAGUUAGCUCAAAAACUUCAUGAUGUUUUACUUGAGAGUGGUGUCGUUGCUCCCCCUAACUUAUUCACCGAGGCUUAUUCCGAGCAGUUAGACAGAUCAAUUGUUGAAGUCAGGUUGGCAGCUGAGACUAAAGAUGGAAACAUACAGAGCACUGGACCUCUCGAAGGUAAGAAUCAAGAUGAUUUUGGGCCCUCUCAUCGCUUGCCUCCUCUACCCCAUCGCAAAGUAUAUGUCAAAGCAAGCUCUCCUCAUAACCAACCUGAGCAUCUUAAACCCAGGGAAGGCCUAAGGGUCUCUUAUCCAUUGGAUGCCAGGGAAUCCAUUGGAACACCUGUGUCAUUACAAGUUGAUGCAGCUCCUAUUCAAUAUUCUAGAAAUAUCCCAGUUGCUGCUGCAGCAGCAGCUGCUGCUGCUGUUGUUGCGUCUUCAAUGGUAGUUGCUGCAGCAAAGUCUUGCACUGAUUCAAAUGUUGAACUUCCAUUAGCUGCUGCUGCUACUGCUACUGCUACGGCUGCUGCUGUGGUGGCAACUAGUGCAGCUGUGAAUAAGCAUAAUGAUGUAGUUGCUGAUUUAGCUGGCAGUGAGCCACAAGGUAGUGGUGAAAGGGAACAUGAUGUUUUGGGGGUCAACUCAGAAGGUGAGAGAAUAUCAGAUAGAUCAGCUGGUAAUGAUAGUUCAAAGUCAGAUGUUGCACUUGAAGAUAUUGCAGAUUGUGAGAUUCCAUGGGAGGAAAUCAUGUUGGGAGAGCGCAUUGGACUUGGCUCAUAUGGUGAGGUUCAUCGUGGAGAAUGGCAUGGAACUGAAGUUGCGGUGAAAAAGUUCCUGGAUCAAGAUAUCUCCGGGGAACUACUUGAAGAAUUCAAAAGCGAGGUCCUAAUCAUGAAAAAAAUCAGACAUCCCAAUGUUGUUCUUUUCAUGGGAGCUGUAACUCGUCCUCCAAAUCUUUCAAUUGUAACAGAAUUUCUUCAUAGAGGUAGUUUGUAUAGGCUACUUCAUCGGCCAAAUAAUCAAUUAGAUGAGCGGCGACGUUUGAGAAUGGCUCUUGAUGCGGCUCGGGGAAUGAAUUACUUGCACAAUUGCACUCCAAUGAUUGUACACCGUGAUUUGAAGUCCCCAAAUCUUUUAGUUGAUAAAAAUUGGGUUGUAAAGGUUUGUGAUUUUGGUUUAUCACGGAUGAAGCACAGCACAUAUCUAUCAUCGAGGUCAACUGCAGGGACGGCUGAGUGGAUGGCUCCAGAGGUACUAAGAAAUGAACCUUCAAAUGAGAAGUGUGAUGUUUAUAGCUUUGGAGUUAUUUUAUGGGAGCUCUCUACAUUACGACAACCAUGGGGAGGGAUGAAUCCCAUGCAAGUUGUUGGUGCAGUAGGAUUUCAGCAUCGUAGACUUGACAUCCCAGAUGACAUGGAUCCUACCAUUGCAGAAAUUAUUAGAAGGUGUUGGCAGACAGAUCCAAAACUGAGGCCAACAUUUGCAGAAAUUAUGGCUGCUUUGAAGCCCCUGCAAAAGCCAAUAACAAGUGCACAAGUACCUAGAUCAACUGCAUCUUUAUCAAGUGCCAGUGAGAGAAUUCAGUCAUAAAAGUGUUUUUAAAGUGCUGGUCCUGAACUGUUUGGGACGAAGGCCAUUUUCAACGUGCAUUUAUUUGUAAAAAGAAGAAAAGGAAGAAAGAAAGUGAAGUUGUAAUCAGUGGAUUGCCUCAUUUUGUGUUCUAGAGGGGUUUUUUAAAUUGUAAACAGUGAUGGUAGUCAAGGGAGUCAAAACUGCAGAUUGUUUUAAUCUGCUGAACAUUUGUUAGCUGAAACACGAAACAGUGGUUCACCGAGGAAUAGGAUUCCCUUUUGUGGAAGCUAAAUUUGAA